ACGAGCCUCCCAGCGCAGUACCCGCUAUCAAGUCGCGAAUUCGAAGUCAUGACGCUCACCCACGCCACCGCCGCAGCCCUCGUCUUGGCCCUCUGCUGCCUCAGUUUUAUUCAGGCGCAGCCACAACGCGGACUUCCCCCACCCCGCGGCAACUCCUUCGACGCGAACGCGGUGAUUCUCAAGCAGAACUUCGACCUGAAUCCCGAUGGCUCCUAUCAGUACAACUACGAGACAAGCAACGGAAUCCGAGCGGAUGAGGCUGGCUAUUUGAAGAAUCCGGGCAGUCAGAUCGAAGCUCAGGUGAUGCAGGGCUCCUACUCGUACACCGGACCCGAUGGCGUGGUCUACACCAUCACCUACAUUGCUGAUGAGAACGGAUACCGCGCCGAAGGAGCCCACAUACCCACACCGCCACCAGUUCGCGCCGCUGCCGCUCCCGGAAGAUUCUUCAAGUAAUCAGCUCGGCUGUAGAAUCGUGUUUUAAUUCUUCAUCGUUAUGCUCAAGUUGGCAAUAAAUUCGUUGAGGGUCAGUGCCGAACUGGCCGAAAGUGAACCAGAAACAGAUAGGAGAGAGAGCAGCUGCUCGUUGGAGAUCCUUUAACCCACCCAAAAUCAUUUCCAUUUUAUCCAGUCCCUUACAAACUUCACUCCCUUCGUGCUUCAUCUGUGCAUUUCUACAGCCAAUUCACAUUCUACAUUCUACUUAGUGCUUAACGAACAACAUGUGAGAUUAUCAUUUGUAAAUUACGUAAGAUCGAUUGUUAAAUGUCGUACGGCAACGCAUGCUCAGCAAUAAAACGAAAAUUGCACAAAAAUCAA